UUUUGUUACCUCUUUGCUUCUGUUUUUGUGUGGAUGGAUAUCAGGAAUUUCACUCUUUAUUAUUAUUAUUAAAUAAUCUAAUUACAGUAAAAUAUUGCUUGCAAUACAUAUUGGCGCUCCUUCCCUUGAGUGGAGGGAGAGGUCAGUUACUGUCGUUUCAAUAACUGUUUUUCGAAUUAUUGGUGAAACCGACCAUGUACAUUAAACAGGUAAUUAUACAGGGAUUCCGAAGUUACAGGGACCAAACUGUUGUUGAUCCAUUCAGCCCUAAACAUAACGUUAUUGUUGGUCGAAAUGGAUCUGGAAAAAGUAACUUUUUCUAUGCCAUCCAGUUUGUACUCAGCGAUGAGUUCAGUCACCUUCGUCCUGAACAGAGGCUGGCAUUGCUGCAUGAAGGAACUGGUCCUCGUGUCAUUUCUGCUUUUGUGGAAAUCAUAUUUGACAAUUCUGACAACAGGUUACCUAUUGACAAAGAAGAAGUCUCUCUACGACGUGUCAUUGGCGCUAAAAAAGAUCAAUACUUUUUAGACAAAAAAAUGGUGACGAAAAACGAUGUCAUGAAUCUCCUUGAGAGUGCUGGGUUUUCCCGCAGUAAUCCUUACUAUAUUGUAAAGCAAGGAAAGAUCAAUCAAAUGGCCACAGCCCCCGACUCCCAGCGACUGAAAUUGCUAAGAGAAGUAGCAGGUACCAGGGUGUAUGAUGAACGCAAAGAAGAGAGUAUAUCCCUCAUGAAGGAAACAGAGGGAAAAAGAGAGAAGAUUAACGAGCUGCUAAAGUACAUUGAAGAGCGUUUGCAUACACUGGAAGAUGAGAAGGAGGAAUUGGCCCAGUACCAGAAAUGGGAUAAAAUGAGAAGAGCUCUCGAGUACACUAUCUAUAACCAAGAGCUGAAUGAAACCCGUGCCAAACUUGAUGAGCUAUCAUCUAAACGAGAAACCUGUGGAGAUAAAUCAAGACAACUGCGUGAUGCUCAACAGGAUGCUCGAGACAAAGCGGAGGACACUGAGCGUCAUGUUCGAGAAAUGAAAGCCAAAAUCUCUGCAAUGAAGGAAGAGAAGGAGCAGUUGAGUGCUGAAAGACAGGAGCAGAUUAAACAGAGGACCAAACUGGAGUUGAAGACCAAAGAUCUGCAGGAUGAACUUGCUGGAAACAGUGAGCAAAGGAAACGAUUACUGAAAGAAAGGCUUAAGCUGCUUGAGAAGAUCGAAGAAAAGCAGAAAGAGCUCCAGGAAACGGAGCCCAAGUUUAAUGCUGUUAAAGAGAAGGAAGAAAAAGGAAUCGCAAGAUUGGCACAGGCAACACAAGAGAGAACAGAUCUAUAUGCAAAACAGGGCCGUGGCAGCCAGUUCACUUCCAAGGAGGAAAGAGACAAGUGGAUUAAAAAAGAAUUAAAAUCCCUCGAUCAGGCCAUUACCGAUAAGAAGCGUCAAAUUGCAGCUAUUCACAAAGACUUGGAAGACACAGAGGCCAACAAAGAGAAAAAUCUGGAACAGUACAGUAAAUUGGAUCAGGAUCUUAAUGAGGUAAAGACUCGUGUAGAGGAGCUGGACAAGAAGUACUAUGAAGUGAAAAACAAAAAAGAUGAACUACAAAGUGAGAGAAACUAUCUGUGGAGAGAGGAAAAUGCUGAGCAGCAAGCUCUUGCUGCCAAACGAGAGGAUUUGGAAAAGAAACAACAGCUGCUGAGAGCCGCAACUGGAAAGGCUAUUUUGAAUGGUAUAGACAGCAUAAACAAAGUGCUGGAACACUUUCGCAGAAAGGGCAUCAACCAGCAUGUCAUAAAUGGCUAUCACGGAAUUGUCAUGAAUAAUUUUGAGUGUGAACCUGCAUUCUACACCUGCGUUGAAGUCACUGCAGGGACAAGGCUGUUUUAUCACAUUGUGGAGACAGAUGAAGUCAGUACCAAAAUCUUGACGGAGUUUAAUAAAAUGAAUCUGCCUGGUGAGGUGACUUUCCUGCCUCUUAGUAAACUGGAUGUAAGAGAUACAGCAUAUCCAGAAACCAAUGAUGCUAUUCCGAUGAUCAGCAAAUUGCGCUAUAUCCCAAAAUUUGACAAGGCUUUCAAACAUGUCUUUGGAAAGACACUUAUUUGCCGCAGCAUGGAAGUGUCUACCCAGCUAGCCAGGGCUUUCACCAUGGACUGUAUUACACUUGAAGGUGACCAGGUAAGCCAUCGAGGUGCUUUGACUGGAGGUUAUUAUGACGCUAGGAAGUCCAGACUGGAACUUCAAAAGGAUGUACGAAAGGCUGAGGAGGAACUAACAGCGCUGGAAGCCAAACUCAAUGAAAACCUACGAAGAAACAUUGAAAGGAUCAAUAAUGAAAUUGACCAGCUAAUGAACCAGAUGCAGCAGAUAGAGACACAGCAGAGGAAGUUCAAGGCGUCUCGGGACAGUAUCCUCUCUGAGAUGAAAAUGCUGAAGGAGAAGAGGCAGCAGUCAGAGAAAACUUUUAUGCCCAAGCAACGUAGCUUGCAGAGCUUGGAGGCGAGUCUUCACGCCAUGGAGUCAACUCGAGAAUCACUGAAAGCAGAGCUGGGAACUGAUUUGCUGUCUCAACUGAGUCUGGAGGAUCAGAGACGAGUCGAUGCACUCAACGAUGAAAUUCGACAGCUGCAGCAGGACAACAGGCAGUUGUUAAAUGAAAGAAUAAAACUGGAAGGUAUAAUAACCAGAGUGGAGACUUAUCUCAAUGAAAAUCUGAGGAAACGUUUGGACCAAGUUGAACAGGAACUAAAUGAGUUAAGAGAGACAGAGGGUGGCACGGUUCUUACUGCCACCACAUCGGAAUUGGAAGGUAUUAACAAACGAGUGAAGGACACUUUGGCACGUUCAGAAGACCUGGACAUACUUAUUGACAAGACAGAAAUUGAGAUCAAAGAUCUUCAGAAGAGCAUGGAGCGCUGGAAGAACAUAGAGAAAGAUCAGAAUGAUGCCAUUAAUCAUGAUACCAAAGAGCUGGAGAAGAUGACCAACCGGCAGGGGAUGUUGUUGAAGAAGAAGGAGGAGUGCAUGAAGAAGAUUAGAGAACUAGGCUCCCUCCCUCAGGAGGCCUUCGAGAAAUACCAGACCCUCACUUUAAAACAGUUGUUUCGUAAACUGGAGCAGUGCAACACUGAACUUAAGAAGUACAGCCAUGUCAAUAAGAAAGCCUUGGACCAGUUUGUUAACUUCUCAGAGCAGAAGGAGAAGCUGAUAAAGAGACAGGAGGAGCUGGAUCGAGGCCAUAAGUCCAUUAUGGAGCUGAUGAAUGUUCUUGAGCUUAGAAAAUAUGAGGCCAUACAGCUCACUUUCAAACAAGUGUCAAAGAAUUUCAGUGAGGUAUUUCAGAAGUUGGUUCCAGGUGGGAAAGCUACUCUUGUGAUGAAGAAAGGAGACAUAGAGGGUGGACAGUCCCAGGAUGAAGGGGAAGGUGGAGGGGACAGUGAGAGAGGUUCAGGCUCACAAAGCACUGUUCCAUCUGUAGACCAGUUUACAGGAGUAGGAAUCCGGGUGUCAUUUACAGGAAAGCAGGGAGAAAUGCGGGAAAUGCAGCAGCUCUCUGGAGGACAGAAGUCCUUGGUGGCUCUUGCUCUUAUCUUUGCCAUUCAGAAAUGUGACCCAGCUCCCUUUUACCUGUUUGAUGAAAUUGACCAGGCCCUGGAUGCUCAACACAGAAAGGCUGUAUCUGAUAUGAUUGUGGAAUUGGCAGAGCAUGCUCAGUUUAUCACUACAACAUUCAGACCUGAACUUCUGGAGUCUGCGGAUAAAUUCUAUGGAGUGAAUUAUUUCAAUUAGGUUAGUCAUAUUGAUGUGAUCUCAGCAGAACAAGCCAAGGACUUUGUGGAGGAUGACACCACCCACGGAUAAGAGAAAAGAGAUUCAUAUGUCUGCACACCAAGUUGCUGACUUUAUAAUAUCUUGCAUAAUAGAAAACACCAAGCAGACUAGCUUUGCUCUACCUGUUUUGAUGUAUAUUUUUUCCAUUGCACUUCUUAUGUUAAAUAGUUGACCUUGACCAUUAGGAAGAAUAGCCUUUGUCAUCAAGGUUGGUAAUUUUCAACAGUAGCAAUCUUGCUUGGAACUACCAAAAUAAAAUUGGAGUGUAAUAUUUUCAAAAUUUAUUUGUAUUAUACUAAUAAAAAAAACUUAGUUGAUUUGCUUGUUCAUAUGGCCAUUUCCAACCUUUUUAAUGUGCUGUUGCUGUAUGUUCUUUAUAAAUUUUACUUGUUCCUGGUUACUUCAUACUUGUAGUUUAUAAAACUGUCACAUUCAUGAAUUCAUGUUUUUGUAAAGUUACAAGCUGCUGUUUUGAAGUGGCGUCUUUCUUAUGUGUCUGUGUUAUAUGUACUGUUUUGCCUUUGACUGUUUUAAAUAGUUUCAAUAAAAUAUAACCGUUUGUAGUGCUUAAAAA